AUGUCAUCGUCGAAUAAUGGAACAGCUAGUGUUGAAUCACUCGCUGAGGUAUUUCGUUGUUUCAUCUGUAUGGAAAAACUACGUGACGCACGUCUAUGUCCACAUUGUUCAAAGUUAUGCUGUUAUCCAUGUAUUCGAAGAUGGCUGACAGAUCAACGUCAGCAAUGUCCACAUUGCCGAGCACCAUUGCGCUUGCAUGAUCUGGUGAACUGCCGAUGGGCAGAAGAAGUGACCAGUCAAUUGGAUAGUUUGAAAGUCCAUGAAAUGAGUAAACAAAAACGCGAAGAAAAAGACAAAUGUGAAGUGCACCGAGAAAAGCUCAGUGUCUUCUGUUCUUCAUGUUCGAAAUGUAUUUGUCAUCAAUGUGCAUUGUUCAAUGGCUCGCAUGCGGGUCAUGUCUUUGUACCGCUUGAUGAAGUUUAUCAAGCGAAUAUAUCUGCAGUUAAUGAGCAUAUUACUCAACUGAAACGACGACAUGUUGAAUUGAUUUGUUUGAUACAAGACGUGGAGCGAAAUGUGGAGAGUGUAAAAGCGGCGAAAGAUGAACGGUUCCGAGAAACUCGAAAUGCUAUGCAUGUCAUGCAAGCAAAGUUGGACGAACAACUUAAGAUCAAAUUAGAUGCUUUGAAUGUUCAACGUCUUCAAUUUUCACGUGAAACCGAAUUAAUCGAACAUGUUCUUCAAGACAUCGAACAUCGAGUAUCGACAAGUGGAAAGGCAGAAGUCAUCGGUAAACAACAAGAUCUGCUCAAUUCGAUUCAAAUGAUUUAUCGAAAGCCAAUGGCAAGUUUUGUUACAACACCUGUUCCAUGUGACUUUCCAAGUGAAAUUGUUCCUCAAUACGACUCAAGUACAUUCGUCAUCACAACUUUUUCUAUUCUUCGACAUAAUGUCGAUCCGAUCUAUAGUCAACCAUUGCAUGUCAAUGGUUUAACUUGGCGUUUGAAAGUUUAUCCUGAUGGGAAUGGUACGGUUCGUGGAACAUAUUUAUCCGUGUUUCUUGAAUUAACCAAUGGCUUAAAUGAGCCGUCGAAAUAUGAAUAUCGCGUCGAAAUGAUUCAUCAAUUGAGCAAAGAUCCAUCGAAGAAUAUUGUUCGAGAAUUCGCAUCUGAUUUCGAAGUUGGAGAAUGUUGGGGUUACAAUCGAUUUUUCCUUCUUGAUGCGCUCAUAAGCGAAGGUUUUUUGGAUACCGAGAGUGAUAUAUUAAUCUUACGUUUCCAAGUCCGUCCGCCGACUUAUCAACAAAAAUGUCGUGAUCAACAAUGGUAUAUCACACAUGUUGAAAAUGAUAAUCAUCAUUUGCAUAAUGAGAUCAAAAUUUUACGUGAGAAAAUUCAUUUUCUCAUGUCAACCAAACGACGCAGUUUGCCAUCAACGGAAAAAAAUGACAACGAGGAAAUUUUCUCAACUAGUCCAAUCAAUGAUGAUAAUCAUCAUCAACAACAACAACAAGAAGCACAGCAACAGCAACAAAAGCAGGAAGAAGAAGAGGAAGAAAAUCAUCAUGGUGUUAAGACACACGUUGUUGACGCAACAAGAAGGGAUGAACAAGCUGAUGAGGAAGAAGAACAAACCGAUGACGACGAUGAUGAACAUACAUCGCUAGAAUCUGAUGCGUCAUGUCCAGUCGAUUCCGAAGAAUUAAGUUCCGAUGAUGAUAAUGAUGAUGACAAUGAAGACGAUGAAAAUGACAUUGAUGUUGAAAAUGCGUUAACUGAAAAUGAUGUUGAAAGUGGUACAGCACGUGAUAUUACAACUGUUACUCUCAAUAAUCAAUCGACGCCAAAUGACCAGAAUCAUCAUCAACAUUAUUCUCUCGUUGUUGCUUCACCUGCUAGUAGACUCAAUGAUAUUGCAGCGUCUUCAGUGCCAACUACAACUCAAACAAGCGCAUCGACACUUGUGAAACCUGAUGGAAUAGCACCGGAUCCCAUCACACUUAGUGUUUUGUCUGCAGAUAUUGACGAUAUUGUUCAACAUGCACUUCAUGUUUGGAAAAAUGAUACAUUAGCAUUAAAUACUUCUAAUCAUUCGAAUGAAAUAUUACCAUUUACGAAUAAUGAAGAUUUAUUACUUGCAAAUAUUUUACAACGAACAUCAACUGACCAACCGAAUGCGCAUUUACAACCGAUGGGUAUGUCAAUUGGACAAAUGAGUUUAUUUUUCUAUGCAUUGAAUUCCUUAUUAGAUAAUCAAAAUAAUAUUGCCACUUUAUUCCGUCCGAUAACACAAACUGAUAAUAAUGAACUGCCAGCUGCUUCUGCUGCCGCUAUACUUCAUCCAUACCAUCCACAGUAUCAGACAUCAUUAAAUAAUCUACUAUUACUUAAUUCUCAAAUCCAACGCUCAAUAUCCCCAUCCGAUCUAAGUCCUCCACAACGUCCUCGCAAUCGUCAUUAUUCGCAUCGUUACUCUACCAUUCCUCGACGUUCCCACACAUCUUCAACGGUUGCUAAUGAUGACCAACAAACAUCUGAGCAGAAUUCCAACGACGUCUAA